UCAAAUCUUAUCAAGAAAAAAAACUAAAAUUUCCGAAGAAGCCCAAUAGGCCACCGGAAAAAGAAAGAAUGGAGGAGACUCUACUGUUCUUCUGUUUCAAAGAAUUGAUCUUUUCCUUUAUUCCAAGCUUAGUUGAUGACAAAAGAUAUUCCUUGACUCUGGUAGACCAGUAAAAGUGAUUGGAUGGAAGACCUCGUAUUCUUUCUUCCUUAUUUUUUCACAUUGAGUUGAGAGUUCACAGAAGAGGCAUUCUUAAGCUUAGGAUGCAGCCUGUUCAUGGAUUAAUUUAGCGCCGGAUUGGGGCUUCAUAUUUUCUUGGAACUUAUUCAACUGUAACUGGAAGAAGCUCUUGAAUCCUUAGUUCUUCCCAAAGCUGAGAUCUUGGUGAACACUUGGUUAUAGUGGAUUUGAGCCAUGGAUUUAGCUCCUUUGUUGGCUGUUUGUUUCUUGUUAGUUCUGAGUGGAGCAGAGUCAGGGGGGGAGAAUGGAACAGGCGCUCUUUCAAGACCAAGAGUUGUAAAUAUUGGAGCUCUCUUUACAUUCAAUUCUAUUAUUGGGAAAGCAGUUGGACCUGCGAUUCAGCUCGCGGUGGAGGAUGUAAAUGCAAAUUCAAGCAUUCUUUCUGGCACAAGAUUGCAUGUUAUCACACAAGACACAAAUUGCAGUGCGUUUCUUGGAACCAUAGAAGCCUUGAAGUUGAUGGUGAAUAAUGUAGUUGCUAUAAUUGGUCCACAAUCCUCUGGGAUAGCUCAUGUCAUCUCUCAUAUCGCUAAUGAACUCCAUGUUCCUCUUCUUUCAUUUGCCGCAACAGACCCGAACCUUGAUUCCCUGCAGUAUCCAUACUUCGUUCGCACCACACAAAGUGACUAUUUUCAGAUGAAUGCCAUUGCUGAUAUAAUUGAGCAUUAUGGAUGGAGGGAGGUCAUUGCCAUUUUUGUAGAUGAUGAUUAUGGAAGAGGUGGGAUCUCAGCACUGGGUGAUGUGCUUGCUGCAAAACUUGCUAAGAUCUCCUAUAAAGCUGCCUUGCCUCCCAAUGCUGAUAUAAAUGAGAUAAAUGAUCAGCUGGUCAAAGUGAACUUAAUGGAAUCCCGGAUUUUUGUAGUUCAUGUAAAUCCUGAUUCAGGCCUAUCAGUUUUUUCAAUUGCAAAAAAGCUUGGGAUGCUUAAUGCUGGAUAUGUGUGGAUAGCUACAGAUUGGCUCUCUUCAGUCUUGGAUUCUUCUGGAAGUGCUGAUCCUGAAACCAUGAGUUUAAUACAAGGGGCCAUCGUUCUUCGUCCUCAUACACCAGAUUCAGAUAUCAAACAAAAUUUUUUGUCAAGAUGGAAUAAAUUGCUUCAGAAAGGAGAUCUAAGUUCAAGCUUGAACACUUAUGGGUUAUAUGCAUAUGACACUGUCUGGCUAGUUGCCUAUGCUAUUGACCAGUUUCUUAAUGAAGGGGGUUCUGUAUCUUUUUCAAAUGAUCCAAGAUUGAGUGAUGCAAAUGGAAGCUCAUUGCAUUUAUCUGCACUUCAAUCCUUUGAUGGAGGAAACAAUCUGCUAAGAAAACUGAAUCUCGCAAACUUCAUCGGUCUGAGAGGUCGAAUUCAAAUCAAUUCCGAUGGGAAUAUGAUCCAUCCCGCUUAUGAUAUUCUUAAUGUCGCUGGGACAGGAUUGCGGCGGAUAGGUUUUUGGUCGAAUUAUUCUAGCUUAUCUGUUAUUGCUCCUGAAGCUUCUUAUGAAAAGCCUCCAAAUAUUUCAAACAAUGGCCGCCAGCUAUAUGGUGUCAUUUGGCCUGGAGAAAUCACAACAAAGCCCCGUGGAUGGGUCUUUCCUUACAAUGGAAAGAAUCUAAGAGUUGGAGUUCCUUAUCGAGAAAGUUUUAAGGAAUUUGUAACGAAAGACAAUAGCCAUGAUGGCGUUGGGGGUUAUACUAUUGAUGUGUUUAAAGCUGCAAUCAACUUAUUACCUUAUCCAGUUCCCUUGCAAUUCAUUCUUUUUGGAGAUGGAUCUGAAAAUCCCAGCUAUAAUGAACUUGUGCAAAAGGUUGCAGAUAAUUACUUUGAUGCAGCUGUUGGGGACAUUACAAUUGUAACAAACAGAACAAGGAUUGUAGAUUUUACACAGCCGUACGCUGAAUCAGGACUUGUCAUAGUUGCUCUUGUCAAAGAGAGAAACUCACCUCCUUGGGCUUUUCUUAGACCAUUCAGCUUAAAAAUGUGGUGUGUCACGGGCUCUUUCUUCCUGUUGGUUGGUGUAGUUGUUUGGAUUCUUGAGCAUCGACUAAACACCGAUUUCCGUGGAUCUCCAAGAGCUCAACUUGUUACAAUAUGCUGGUUUAGCUUCUCAACAAUGUUUUUUGCUCACAGAGAAAAUACCGUGAGUGCUCUUGGAAGAUUUGUGCUGAUUAUCUGGCUAUUUGUAGUGUUGAUUAUCAAUUCAAGUUACACUGCCAGUCUCACAUCAAUCCUUACAGUUCAACAACUUUCAUCAAGAGUUGAAGGGCUUGAUAAAUUAAUAUCAAGCACUGAUCCUAUUGGCUUCCAAGUUGGAUCUUUUGCCAAAAGCUAUCUUAUGCAGGAGCUUGGUGUAGCUGAGUCUAGGUUGAUAUCCCUGAAACAACCAGAAGAUUUCGCAAGAUUUCUUGAUUUGGGACCAAAUAAAGGUGGUGUUGCUGCCAUUGUCGAUGAGCUCCCUUAUGUUGAGCUGUUCUUGUCAAGCUAUUGCAAGUACAAGACCAUUGGUCAAGAGUUCACAAAAAAUGGAUGGGGAUUUGCAUUUCAAAGAGACUCACCUCUUGCAGUAGACCUCUCAACUGCCAUCCUUAGCUUAUCAGAGAAUGGUGAUCUCCAAAGAAUCCAUGACAAGUGGCUGACACGAACCGGUUGUGACUCGCAAGAUAGCAGCAUCGGAUCGAACCAGUUGAGCCUUCAGAGCUUCUGGGGCCUGUUCCUCAUUUGUGGUGUUUCUUGUGUGAUCGCCCUAAGCAUCUUCUUCAUGAGAAUUAUUUGUCAGUACAAGAAAUAUAUAUCUCCUGAAGAAACUGAGUCCAAUAUGUCAGAAAUCACUCCUUCAGAGCCCAGCCUGAAGCGCCCAGUUCAUUUGAGAAGUAUUAAAGGUCUCCUGAAUUUUGUUGAUAGGAAGGAAGAAGAGGUGAAGAAAGCUAUUAAAAGGAAAUAUAGUGAGAAGAGUCAACAUAGUAGUCGUAGCACAGAUGAUCAGUUGACUUCACCAGCAUAGAAGCAGAGUUUAUCAUGUUGUGUUUGCUGCUUCAGUGAUGUAUUUUAUGUUGAUAGAAACAUAUAAUGCAUAAGUAUUAGUGUUGGGAUAGAAAUUUUCCCAACAGGAUGGAGCACAAAUUUUGAUGCAAUUUUUAAAUCUCGAAGCACUAUUAAGUUGAA